UUUAAAAAGAGGACGUCGGAUUGGGAGUUUGGGAUAAUUCUGACGGAGAGGACAGUGAGAAGUUGAAUAUAUCACUCUUUGGUUCACUGAAGGAAGAGAGAGGGAGCGAGGGAGAGAGGGACCAAGGGAGAGCAUAGACGGAGGACGUGUGCCCAUGAGGUCGUUGCUGUUGGUGCUCCUGCUCAUUGGCAUCCAGGCUGUACUGAACAUGGAAGGGGCCCUGGGCCCGGUGGCUGCCAACCACAGUGCAGAACACCACACAGCAGCCAACCACAGAGCAGAACAGCACACAGCAGCCAAUGGCAGAGCAGAACAGCACACAGCAGCCAAUGGCAGAGCAGAACAGCACACAGCAGCCAAUGGCAGAGCAGAACAGCACACAGCAGCCAAUGGCAGAGCAGAACACCACACAGCAGCCAAUGGCAGAGCAGAACAGCACACAGCAGCCAAUGGCAGAGCAGAACUACAGAGGAUGGCCCGCCUGUCAGUGUCACCUCAGCAGGAGCAGCCAGCAGCAGACAGGGAUACUCAGCAGAGACCCAGCCGGACCAGACAGGCCCACAGACCAGCCUCUCUACCCCAGGACAGGAGUUCUUCCCUGGGCCACUCUGAGACAGACUCCUCCUCUUCCCCCUCCAUCCCUGAGGUGGACCCCAAACUGUUCAGCAAGCGGAAGUACCGCACCUCAUCACGCGUCGUCUUCAGCGACGUACCCCCCUCUCACCACACCCUGGGGGGGGAGACAGGGGAUGAGGAGGAAGGGGUGAUGGGUGGGGGAGUGAGGGUGAGGCGGAAGGCGGGGGGGCAGCCCAUGCACAGGGGGGAGUACUCCGUGUGCGACAGCAUCAGCGUGUGGUUGGGGAACCUGACCAAGGCCACAGACAUCGCCGGCAACGAGGUGGAGGUUCUGCCAGAGGUGAAGAUAGACAACGUCCGCAAGAGACAGUUCUUCUACGAGACCACCUGCCGCGUGGCCACACCCCCGGGGGGCGGAGCUGGGGCUAGGGGAGGGGCCAGUGGAGGCAUUUCUAAAGCAGGGUGCCGCGGCAUCGACAGCCGUCACUGGAACUCGUACUGCACCAACACGCACACGUACGUGCGCGCGCUCACCAAGUCCAAGGAGCAGACGGCGUGGAGACUGAUACGCAUCAACGCAGCGUGUGUGUGUGUCCUCAGCCGCAAGUCCUGGAGGCACUGACCUCUCACCCCUAGGACUAUGGACCCAUAUAUAUACACACACACACGCACACGCACACACACACACACACACACGCACGCACGCACGCACGCACACACAAACAAACAAACACCGAUUGCACAGUCAGAAAACAACCUUGAAACAGCCACUACGGAUGUAUUGUAGUGUUAGACUCCACUCCCACACUCAGACACACUCCCACACUCAGACACACUCCCACACACAGACACACUCCCACACUCAGACACACUCCCACACACAGACACACUCCCACACACAGACACACUCCCACACACACAGACACACUCCCACACUCAGACACACUCCCACACACAGACACACUCCCACACACACAGACACACUCCCACACACAGACACACUCCCACACACAGACACACUCCCACACACAGACACACUCCCACACACAGACACACUCCCACACACAGACACACUCCCACACUCAGACACACUCCCACACUCAGACACGCUCCCACACACAGACACGCUCCCACACACAGACACGCUCCCACACACAGACACGCUCCCACACACAGACACGCUCCCACACACAGACACACUCCCACACACAGACACACUCCCACACACAGACACACUCCCACACACAGACACACUCCCACACACAGACACACUCCCACACACAGACACACUCCCACACACACUCCCACACACAGACACACUCCCACACACAGACACACUCCCACACUCAGACACACUCCCACACUCAGACACACUCCCACACUCAGACACACUCCCACACUCAGACACACUCCCACACACAGACACACUCCCACACACAGACACACUCCCACACUCAGACACACUCCCACACUCAGACACACUCCCACACACAGACACACUCCCACACACAGACACGCUCCCACACACAGACACACUCCCACACACAGACACACUCACAGACACACUCACCUGUAUCCGACCAGCCCCUUCCCCUCUCCCUACCUCAGUCAGAUUUCUGGUUCUUCUAACUUAUGAGGACUGCAUGUCAUAUUUAUAGUUUAUACAGUGGAAUAUAUAUUAAAUAAGUGUAUAUAUACAGUGCCUUCGGUAACUACUCAGACCCCAUGACUUUUCAACAUUUUCUUACGUCACAACCUUAUUCGAAAAUUAUUCAAAUAAAAUAAAUUGCUCAUCUAACAACACACAAUACCCCAUAAUGACAAAGAGAAAACAGGUUUGUAAACAUUUUUGCAAAUGUAUUAAAAUUCACAACAGAAAUACCUUAUUUACAUAAGUAUUCAUACCCUUUGAUAUGAGACUCGAAAUGGAACCACCAAGACUCUUCCUAGAGCUGGCCGCCCGGCCAAACUAAGCAAUCAGGAGAGAAGGGCCUUGGUCAGGGAGGUCACCAAGAACCCAAUGUUCACUCUGACAGAGCUCUAGAGUUCCACAUGUGGAGAUGGGAGAACCUUCCAGAAGGACAACCAUCUCUGCAGCACUCCACCAAUCAGGCCUUUAUGGAAGAGUGGCCAGAUGGAAACGGCUCCUCAGUAAAAGGCACAUGACAGCAUGCGUUAAGUUUGCCAAAAGGCACCUAAAGACUGUCAGACCAUAAGAAACAAGAUUCUCUGGUCUGAUGAAAACAAGAUUGAACUCUUUGGCCUGAAUACCAAGCAUCACAUCUGGAGGAAACCUGGCACCAUCCCUACUGUGAAGCAUGGUGGUGGCAGCAUCAUGCUGUGGGGAUGUUUUUCAGCAGCAGGGACUGGGAGACUAGUCAGGAUCAAGGGAAAGAUGAACAGAGCAAAGUACAGAGAGAUCCUUGAUGAAAACCUGCUCCAGCGCGCUCAGGACCUCAGACUGGGGCGAAGGUUCACCUUCCAACAGGACAACGACCCUAAGCACAAGUAAAGGGUCUGAAAACUUACUUAAAUGUGAUUUAUUUUUAUUUCAUUUUUUAAAUAUAAAUUAGCAACAAUUUCUAAAAAAUGAUUUUCUCUUUGUCAUUACGGGGUAUUGUGUGUAGAUUGAUGAGGGGGAAAACUAUUUAAUACAUUUUAGUGUGAGGCUGUAAAGUAACAACAUGUGGAAAAAGUCAAGGGGUCUGAAUACCAUUCGAAGGCUGUACAUCAUGAAUUCACCUUUUUGUUGUUGUUGAUGAUGAUGCUGUUAUUUAUUAAACACUUCAGUACAUGCCUGUCUCCUGCCUCCUGUCUCCUGCCUCCUGCCUCCUGUCUCCUGUCUCCUGCCU